AUGAAGCUUAGUUUCUACAUUCCGUUUGUGGCCUCUCUAGCGCUCACUGUCGCUGUGAAAGACCGGCCGAACUUUGCGAAGCAUGUACGCCCUCGCCAGUACGCUCCUCCACCGUCAAUCUCUCCUCCAUUUCCCAGUCCCAGUAGCAGUGGUGAUACCGUGUCUUCGACCUAUUCCAGCGGCACCGGGAUCUCCUUCUCGACAGGUGUUUCGUCAUCUGUAGACGUGUCUUCCGUUCCUUCCUCCUCUCUGAUAGUAAACACUACGGUCACGGAGUCGACAACAUCCUUGGUGACCAGUGUCGUGGUCAUUACAACCUUCAUUCCCUCAUCUGUGCCUGACAACACACUCACCGAGUCCACUACGGAUGCUACAGAAAGUAGUUGGGGCAGCGGUAGCAGUUCUCCUUCUGUGACCGUGCCUCUGUCUACUGGGCCUCUAACUUCCGGAACUACCUCCUACACAUCUGUAGGCCCACCCGUCGACACUUCAGCCCCUUAUGCCAACAGCUCUGGCUCAACUUCAUCAAUGUGGAGUUCAGGUACUGGCCCAGUGUCUUCGAUGCCAAGCUUGACCUCCAGUGCUGGAAGCAACAGUACGGCGUCGGAAAGUUCUUCCAUUCCAAUCCCUUCGGCUACUUCUGAAGCCCCAAGUUCAGACAUGACUGUCAUUACCUCUAGCAUCGUCAGUACCACUGCGAUUACUGUGACUACCUCAUCGCCGUCCAAUGGUACAGCGACUGAGACUGAGACCGGCCCUGCCGAGACCUCUAUCGCUAGCGAUACAACUUCUUGGACUGAUACGACGUCUGGCUACAGCCCGCCUGCCGAAUCGACCAGCAGUGACGCCUUCGGGAGUUCCUCCUCCACCUUCGAUACUACCACAAUUCCGUCGGUUACCUUAUCUUCUGUGGGGUCUUCAUCACCGGUCGAAACUCCAACCUCUACUACAGAUGACUCCGUGUCAACGAGUGUGGCUAGCACAUCAUCGAUGAGCUCAGGGUCCUCUUCCUCGACUCACGUUUGGAGUAGAACUGUUACUUUCUCCUUCUCUUUGAGCUCUGCUACGGCUACGUCUUCAGAGGCGUCUUCUUCAGCUACACUCACAGGAACUGUCUCCGAAUCAUCUUCGGCAGUGGAGACCCCAAGUUCUUCUGAAGAGACUUCGUCUGCUAGUAGCGCGUCCAGUGUGGAGUCUACCUCAGACUCUUUCACAGCAACUUCUUCGGAAAGCAGCAGCGUUCCUGCUAGUGCUACCGAGAGCAGUGCUACUGAGACGAGUGCCGCGGAGACAACUGCUACUGAAACAAGUCCUUCUGAGACCAGUGCCUCUGAGACCGAGUCGGCCUCAUCGAUGCCGUCAGGGUCAUGGACCAUCUCAUUCAGCUCUUUCGAGACUUCAUCUACACCGACAGCUUCAGAGUCUUCAUCUUAUGCGCCAUCAACAGGUACCAUCUCAAGUGAGACUGCAUCUUCAACAGCAUCGGAUGUAUCGAGCAGCUCGGCCAUUCCUACAGAAGAGUCCUCAGCUUCGAAACCGGUUUUGCCGAGCACCACUCUGGUUUUGCCUUCUGAGACAUCGUCAUCGCCCUCGGGGACAUCAGACAGUGAGUCAGUUACAUCUUCUGAGACUCCAGUACCAUCUGGUAGCUCUUCUAGCUCAGAGAUGGCGACGACAGGAACAGAGUCCAUUCCGGUUACAUCUUCCGCUGCCAGCGAGACCGGCACUGAGACCCCUUCGGCCAGCUCCGAAGCUCCUUCGUCGUCCAGCCCUGGAGAAACCUCCGCCAUACCAUCCGCCUCCGAGAGCUCACCUUUACCCUCCGCUACAAGCGAAUCCAGCACUGAUAUCUCCUCAACCUCAAGCGCCGGCAUUCCUGUUUCGACUUCCAUCACACCAUCCCCUUCUGAGAGCUUGCCCAUGCCCUCUGUUACAAGCGAAUCUAGCUCUGAAGCUCCCUCAUCCAGCCCUGCUGAGACUUCCGCUACGCCGUCCGCUUCUGAAAGCUCGCCCAUACCCUCAGUUACGAGCGAAUCCAGCACCGAUGUCAUCCCAACAUCAAGCGCCGGAAUCCCCGUCGAGACUACCACCACACCAUCUGCAUCUGAGAGCUCGCCAAUAACCUCUGUCACAAGCGAGUCCAGCUCCGGAGCGCCCGCGUCAUCCAGCCCUGCUGAGACUUCUGCAACAUCACCCGCUUCUGAGAGCUCACCCAUACCUUCCGCGACAAGUGAAUCCAGCACCAAUGUCACACCAACAUCAAGCGCAGGCAUCCCUGUGGAGACCUCUGAGUCCUCUUGGAUCACAAUACCCAGCAGCCUCCUACCCACAACCGGCCUCACCACAAACACCGAUGCAACCGCCACCUCAUUCCCCAUCGACACAUCGACCCCCAUCCCCACCAAUACCUCAGCCCCUUCUUCAGAAUACACAUACUACAGCCCCAGCUUACCCGCCACCGACACCAACACCGACGCCACAGCUACUUCCUUCCCCGUCGACACUUCCACCGCACCCACCGACACCUCAUCUACGGCUGCCAGCUUGUCCAGUGUAAGCUACUCACACUUCACACCCAGCUCUCUCGUUACUUCGGCCACAAACACAGAUGCGACGUUUUCUUCGUGGCCUGUGGACUCAAGCACAAACGCUAUGCCGACACCCACACCAACGACGUUUGAGACGAGCGCAAGUGCGAGUAAGAGUGGGUAUGCACCACCACCUGCUGCGUCUACGUAUGAUGUUUACGAUACUACGGGAAGGAAGGGUGGUAUGGGCAUGUGGUUCUUGUGA